CAGCCACCUCGGUUCUCAAGUGGGACUCGCCAGAAAAGAGCCGACUUUUCCUGGGUCGCGAGGUGAUUCCCAGGAUGGCCAAUCCAAAGUACGCCAACUCCUGGGUGCUCAACUGCUUAAUGGACGUCAACGCCACUGACACGCAACUCAUACAACACGAGGUGUCAAGAAUGAGCCCCGCGUGCUCGACGGACACGGAGGAAGAGGUGGUGGUGCACCAUACGCCUCCGCUGCAUCCGUCGCAGCCCGCCAAGUCGGCCCUGUCCGUGCCGGGAAUCGCGCGCAAGGGCCGGAAACAGACGUCCAUUAUGGAAGAUGGCCACGUCCUUGUCCCGGGAAAGGACUUGCCGCAUCCUAAAAGCCUCGAGUGCAUCGACCACAAUAGACAACGCUCAAGGACCAAGAAAUCUCCUGAGCUAAACCAGCUCCAACAGAUUAUUUCUUGGAAGAAAGAGUGA